ACCUGGUGUGGUGCGUGUUGAAGUUUACCUUGGAAAUGUUUUUCUUCAAUGCUACUGGUGACUCACCGAGUGGUUGAAUGGCAGCUCCAGCUUUAUAACGGCUGACAAUUCCGCAUUCUGAGAUAGAACUUAGAGGCCAUUCUCACUUACACCAACAUACCUUCACAACUGAUUUCAACACGGAGGGGGGAAAAAAGAAACAUUUCUAGUCAUGAAGACCAUCUUCUCACUGCUCAUCGGUUUCAUUCUUGUCAGCGAUGGAUUUGUUGCAGUUAUUACUGGGGCUUGUGACAGGGACCCUCAAUGUGGAGGGGGGAUGUGCUGUGCAGUGAGUCUGUGGAUAAAGACUCUCCGAAUGUGUGCACCCAUGGGCACUGAGGGAGACUAUUGUCAUCCUCUCAGCCACAAAGUUCCAUACUUUGGCAAGAGGCUGCACCACACGUGUCCCUGUAUCCCAGAUUUGGCAUGCAUAAGGACUACAGAAGGGAGAUACAAGUGUUUGCCACAGUUUAAAAACCAAGAUUUUUUUUUUAAUGGAAACUCCUUUUUUUAAAUGUAAAUCUUUAUUUUUAACAUUGCGCAUCAAAUUAGUUCAUGGCAAUAUAUUUC